GUGGAACGGCAAAACAUCAACUUCGAGCGAUCGAACGUCGUACAAGCCGAGUUGCACGCAGCAGCACGUCGUCAGCGACUCAGGUUGCAUUCAAAAGGUGCGGAUCAGACGCUUUUAGUGACAGAGUCGGACAUCUACAUCGUCAUUGCGACAAUCACCGCACUGCCUUGAGCGGCGUUGUAGCUGCCCAUUUCUUUCGCAGCUUGUCAGAGCAUACACACGCUGCAUUCAGCUCACCAGCUCGACAAAUUCGAUCGGCUCAUCGCUCGGCUUCGACCCCAUCCUGGCUUCAGCUCUAUCUACCAGUUUCCCUCAUCUUGACCACAUUGAGCACACGUAGCCCUCAGCAAGCAGCUUUGGCUCUCAUCACAGCCCGCUCAAUCAUGUCUAGGCCGACUUCUGUUCCUGGAUCAGCAGCGCCUGGGACGAGCGGCUACAGCUCCUACACAUCCGCGGGUGCGCCUGGCUUGAGCGGAUUCGGGAGAGGUGCAGCGGCUUCAGGCAAUGCUUUUACCGGUGGAGGUGCACCCGGCUUGACCCUAGGAUCGGGCAGCGAAGCUGGCUUUGGUAGAGGCAACGCCAGUGGCUUUUCGGGAGCAGCUUCAGGAAAUGGAGCUUCCAAUCUUGGAGGUCUACUCAACGCUCAACAAUUUGCAGCUGCGCAAGCUCAGGCUCAAGCGGCGGCAGCAGCAGCAGCAGCUCAGCAGCACGGGCUAGGCAGUAAUACGCAAAGGUUCGGGUCGGAGCUCUACAGUAGCACAUUGAGGAAUGGAGCAUUAGGAGCUGCAAGUGGAGCGGGAGGAGCAGGUGGAUCAUUGAACAAUGACGACUUCCCAGCAUUGGGUGCGCCUUCCAAUCCAGCUACCGCUGCGAGUGGCAAUGCAGGGGUCAGGGAGACGAGCGAAACAUUGAGCAACGCAAAUAGCGCUGCUACCGCAUCUGCUUCACUGGCGAAUGUUGCGGCUGGUGGUGCAAACGCUGUGGGAGGCGCGGGUGCGGGCGAACAAGCUUCGGCGGCGGCUGCCUUGCAUGCUCAGCAUGCUGCGAGGGAAGCGCAUAGACUCAACUUGCUCGGCAGCUUGUCUCCUUCUGUCGCCAACGCGCAGGGCGUAAAUGGUUCUACAAACGCCAACGGCAUCGCCAAUCCCUUGAAUGCGGCUCGCGGCGGUUUCGGAGACGCAGAAAGGAAUUACGCGGCGAAACCCGGCAUGGGAGCGUCGCCCGGCAUGGCGUCUGCUUGGCCCUCAGGAGGUGCGUGUUGGCGAGAGGAGCUGCGAUGAUGGGUGCUCAGGCUGAAGCGCCCUUUCUUGCGGACUCGCCCCGCGCAGGGACACUAUCGAG